UACGAUUUGAACUACGGCGGCAAACGUGAGCAACGUGCAAUUUUGGGUCGGAGAAAAGCGAAAUUAAAAUCUGAUUUUAAAGGAUCAUCACUACAUCUUAAAAUGCCACCUAAGAGAAAAGGACAACAAACUGCCAAAGUAAACGGCACAAAUGAAGGGGUUGUGAAGAGUAAGAAGGUGAAAGUGUCCCACUGGUCACACCAAACCAAGCCAGGCUUCGUGCUAGCCUUUGGUCAGGGUGAUGUCGGUCAGCUGGGUCUUGGUGAGGACAUCAUGGAGAGGAAGAAGCCUUCGUUGGUCAGCUUCGAUGGAGCCAAGAGGAUCGUGGAUGUGGUUGCAGGGGGAAUGCACACCGUUUGCAUUGCACAAGAUGGAGCGGUCUAUACAUUCGGCUGCAACGACGAGGGUGCCCUGGGUCGCGACACCAAAGAGGAUGGGUCAGAGUUCACAUCAGGAAAGGUCGCACUCGAUGCAAAGAUCAUUCAGGCCACGGCGGGCGACUCCCACACCGCUGCUCUGACGGACGAGGGCAAAGUUUAUGCAUGGGGUACAUUUAGGGAUGGCAAUGGCCCUGUCGGCUUAACUGUUGAGGGUAUGAAGAAGACUCCCUACUUGAUCCCUCUCGACGAGACGGUCGUCCAGAUAGCGUCCGGUAACGAUCACCUGUGCAUGCUGACCAACCAGGGGGAGAUCUACACCAUGGGUUGCGGUGAGCAGGGUCAGCUGGGAAGGAUACACGAGUGCUUCUCGAUACGGGGUGGAAGGAAGGGAGUCAGUAUUCUAUUAGAGCCUUCCAUUGUGAUCUGUAAGAGAGUGAGAGGUAAAGGCAAGGUCAUGUUUGAUGGAGUCUGGUGUUCCAAUUACUGCACAUUCGCUCGAGUGAAAGGAGGCGGAGGCAUGUAUGGAUGGGGGCUCAACAACUAUCAUCAUUUAGGUCUAGAGAAUGUGAAGUCUUGGUUCACCCCUCAGCCCAUCACAUCUUUCAAUGAUGUCCAAGUGGAAGCAGUAUCAGGUGGACAGCAUCACUCCAUUCUACUAGACGCUCAAGGUCACAUGCAUGCCAUCGGUAGAACAAACUAUGGCCGUCUCGGACUAGGUGAAGACUGUGAGGAAUCCCACAUACCCACCCUCAUUUCAUCAGUCAAGAUGGAGAAGUUUACCAAUAUCGGAUGCGGGGCCAGCGUCAGUUUAGGAUGUACAGAUACAGGAGACGUGUACGCCUGUGGCAUGGGUAGCAAUCUUCAGCUCGGGAACGGUGACGAAGACGAAGAUCUCCACGUACCGACCAAGAUCAUCAGCAAGCAAUUAGAAACCAAGAAAGCCGUCAAGGUCGCCUCCGGAGGGCAGCACACCAUCAUUUUAGCAGUAGAAAAGUAGCAAUAGUUUGUAGAGAGUAAGAAUAGAAUAAAUGUAAUUUUGGUGGGGUGAUAAAACCUUGUAACUAACAAAAAUGUUCAAUCUUGUAUUAAACUAUUAAAAGAUGCUUAAUUUUACAGGAGGGAAAAAAUGUAAUGUUUAACAAUCUUCCGUAAUAGAUCACUCGAGGCACUUUAGCAUUUUUGCAUUAGAACAUCUAAUUGGUCCUUAGCUACAAAUUAAUGAAGCAAAAGAAAGGUGAAUUAUUUUUCAAAAAUUGAUUCAAGAGGUUUUAUCACCCCACUGUCAAUAUGAGGGUCCAACAUUGUUUCAUUAGUCUUAACGUCUACCACAAAUAUACAUGCAAACCAAUUUUCCCUGGCUGUAUGUGUUGUAGAAAGUGUAAUAUUUAUGCAAUUAAAAGCAUCAGGUAAUUGUCAGUGUUUGCAGUUAUUCGAUUUUCCCUUGCAAACCAGGGUCUGCUCUGUGUAUGCUUUAUUCAUCAGACUUGCAUUGAAAACGUCACAAGUUGCAAUUACACGCUUGUUGGUAAUACCAUGGCACUCACAAAAACGUUACACUUUCACAGUAAUUCUAAUUGCGCUUUAGCAGUUAUUGUUAUUAUGCGCUUAUGUUAUCUUCAUGCCAUUGUUAUGGGUUGGAUGCAUGAAUAUAUUUGAAUUUCAAUCACUCCUCACAGAUGUUUCAACUACUCACAACAUGCUGCUCUCCACAAUACAUGUUUAUUCUCAGUGUUGUUUAUUUCACUGUAUUGUAAUGCCUGUGAUCAUCUUCAAAUCAAAUGUUUUAAUGUUGGACCCUAACAAUGAUGUAAUUUUUAAAAA